CUUGAGGAGCUUGACCCACUCACGAGAGAGGAUUUCGCUUGGAUACCUCUACCCUCGACCGGAACAUUGCCAAGGCCGCAUUGCAACGCCUUGAUGGCAAAUCUACGCUCCUACUUGCACACUACAGUACCAGCUCCGUUGAUGGACGACGGGGUAGCGGUUAGCGAUCUCCGCUCCUAUCUUGCGAAGAUCGACCGCGAGCACGCCACCCAAAGGUACGCCGAAACCGACGCACCUUUGCUCUAUAUCCGCAUUCAAAUCGGAAAGGCAACCUGUAGUGCCUUGAYUGAUUGCGGAGCGUCUCGCAACUUCAUGAGUCAAGCCUUUAUGGCCCGCGCAGGUCUUGGCCMGCGCGUUCGAAGAAAGACGCAACCUACKCAAGUUACACUCGCGGACGGCCGCACGCAAAAGUCAAUUGACCGAUGCGUUGACGGCGUUCCGGUCUACUUUGCGCCACUUGCGUGCGAGCCKGUGUCUUUUGACAUCCUCGACUUCGACAUGAUUCUAGGCAUGUCUUGGUUGCGUAGCGCCAAUCAUCCGGUGAACUUCCAUGACCGAACCGUUCACAUCCAUGAUCGGAACGGAGUGUUAGUCCCAGGUACGGUCGCGACCCCUCACACUUCGAUUGCUUGUCACGUGGUUUCCGUUGCGCGGAUUCGCGACGCCAUUGCUCGGAAUGACGUCGAGGAGAUGGGCCUUGUAUUCUUGCAUGCUCUCCCCUCGCCGGACGGACCAGCCGCGUCACCGCCGGACCCACGCAUUUCUCACCUCUUGGACGAAUAUAGAGUCAUCUUCGAGGCUCCCACCGGAACGGUUCCGGAUCGGCGCAUACGUCACGGGAUCACUCUCGAGGCUGGCGACGUCCCUCCGCGUGGAUGUAUCUACCGCACGAGCGAAGAGGAACUCGAAGUGCUUCGCGCACAACUCGAUGACCUUCUCGACAAGGGCUGGAUUCRCCCUAGUUGCUCGCCAUACGGUGCACCUGUUCUCUUCGUCCGCAAGAAGAACAAAGAUCUACGGUUAUGCAUCGACUAUCGGAAACUUAACGCACAAACCGUAAAGAACGCCGGCCCUCUCCCUCGGAUUGAUGAUCUCCUUGAGCGGUUAGGCGGCGCGACGUACUUCUCGAAGUUGGAUUUGAAGUCAGGUUACCACCAGAUUGAAAUCCAGCCUCAAGACCGGUACAAGACCGUGUUCAAGACACGGUACAGGCAUUUUGAGUGGGUCAUCAUGCCAUUUGGACUCACCAAUGCCCCCGCAACAUUUCAAGCAUCGAUGACGACUGAGUUUCGCGACUUGCUCGAUCGCAGCGUCCUCAUCUACCUUGAUGAUAUCUUGGUUUAUAGUAGGACGUUGGACGAGCACAUCGUACACCUUCGCGUUGUUUUGARUCGUUUGCGACUAGCCAAGUACAAAGCGAAUCUCGACAAGUGCGAAUUCGCCAGGCAAGAGCUUGAGUACUUGGGCCAUUUUGUCACGCCGAAAGGCAUUCGUCCCUUAGCGGACAAGAUCCAAGCCAUCGCGGAUUGGCCGGAACCCCGUUGCACUGCGGAUGUAUGCUCUUUCAUGGGUUUGGCUGGAUAUUAUCAGCGAUUCGUCGAGUCAUACUCGAAAGUGGCCGCUCCUUUGUCGAGACUUCAGUCCCCGAAGGUGCCCUUCGAGUUCGACGACGCAGCCCGUGGCGCGUUCAGUACGUUGAAGGCAGCGAUGCAAGCCGCACCUGCCCUCCGUAUAUACGACCCCACCCUAGUGACUACGGGCGCUUCGGGAUACRGUAUUGGUGCGAUGUUGGAACAGUGUCACGAGGACGGUUGGCAUCCGGUUGAGUAUUUCUCCCAAAAGGUGCCUCUCGUCAACACUCUCGACGACGCAAGGAAGAAAGAGCUACUUGCGUUCGUCACCGUUCUCAAACGGUGGCGCCACUUUCUUCUCGGCCGUCGGCGUUUUAAAUGGAAUACGGAUAACAAUCCGUUGACAUUUUACAAAACGCAGGACACGGUCACUAGUACGAUCGGUCGAUGGAUGUAUUACAUCGACCAGUUCGAUUUUGACCCGUGUCAUAUUCCCGGUCCCGCCAAUCAAGCUGCGGACGCCCUCUCACGACGGCGCGACUUUUGUGCCAUUGUGACCACGGCAUUCGACCUCGAUGACGAUCUGCAGCAGCAUUUCGUCAAAGGCUACAAGUCCGAUCCGACUUACUCUACGCUUUACGCAGAGCUUUCAUCAGAUCACCCGCCGGCUAGCCACUAUCGGAUUUCCGACGGGUUCCUUCUCCUUCACACGAGAGGAAAGGACUUGUUAGUUGUGCCCCAAGAUCCCAUCUUACGGACUCGUCUUGUCGGCGAAUUCCACGACGCACGACUUUCGGCACACCUUGGCGUGAACCGCACACUCGCACGCCUCCGCCAGCGUUUUCACUGGCCCGACGUCCUUCAUGACGUCACGAGGUACAUUGAGUCAUGUGCAAUUUGCCACCAUAACAAGGGUCGAUCUCGAGUCCCCUUCGGCGAACUGAAACCGUUGCCGAUUCCUCAGGCACCACGCCUCUCCAUUGCUAUGGACGUGACAGGCCCGUUUCCCCGCGAUCGCCACGGCCAUGACGGUAUUCUCACGGUCGUUGACCGCCUGAGCAAGCAUGCUCGCUUCCUUCCUUGCAAGUAACAUGCUGCAGCACCUGAGCUCGCACGACUCUUGCACACCGGUUGGAUUACCAACCAGGGUGUUCCAGAAGAUAUAGUGAGCGACCGAGAUACUCGCUUCAUGUCCGCCUUUUGGACCUCUCUCAUAACUAAGUCCGGCACGACAAUGAAGCCAAGCUCGGCUC